AUGACUCGUACCAGAACCGGCGUUACGGCGUGGCAGUGGCGCCUGGCCAGCACAAACGACCAUGACACCAAGGCGCAGUACCACUGGGGCUGGGACUGGGGCCCGAUCGUGGUGACGGCGGGCCCGUACUUGCCUGUGUAUCUGGACACCUACAAAAACCGCAUUGACAGCGUCUAUGUGCGCACGACCAGCCUUGUUGCGGACCACACGUCAGCCACGGUGGCCGUCACCGUCUCUGUCGUGGGUGAAGGCAGCGAGGAGACGGCCAAUGUCCGUGUCGUCGACCCGGCUGGCAAGAAAUUGGCCAAGUCGACCGUCACCUUCUCCAGCAACCUGCAGUCGGCCACGGCCACAUUCGACCUCAAAGACCCGCAGCUGUGGUGGCCCAACGGCCAAGGCGAGCAGCACCUGCACGUGUUGGAGGUGACGCUUGGUGGCAACCAAUGCACGCACAAAACCCGCUUCGGCGUCCCCACCAUCACGGUCCAGCAGGAACCGCUGGCAGACGGCGAGCCCGGCUCGACGUUUAUGGUCCGCGUCAACGACCGCAACAUUUUCGCCCAGGGCGGCAACUGGAUCCCCGCCGACACACUGCUGCCGACCAUCACGCGCCAGCGCUACUUUGACUGGGUGCAGAACGCCCGCGACGCGCACAUGAACAUGCUGCGCGUCUGGGGCGGCGGCAUCUACGAGUCCGACAGCUUUUUUGAUGCCUGUGACGAGCUGGGCCUGCUGGUGUGGCACGACUACGGCUUUGCGUGCACGAACCUGCCGGUCCACGGGUCGUUCCUCAAGAGUUUCACAGAAGAAGCUGAAGCCCAGACGAUGCGCUUCCGCAGCCGCGCGUCGCUCGCCAUUCUAUGCGGCGGCAACGAAGACUUUAUGCUGCUCGACUGGGAAAAGGUCGCGUACGACCACAGCGACGUCCGCGGGCCCUAUCCGGCGGGCGGCUCCUUUCCGCAGCGCACCAUCUACCUCGACAUUCUGCCCAAGCGGGCCGCUCGUCUGUGCCCCGAGACGUUUUACUGGGCCAACUCGCCGUGGAGCCCGGGCGGCCUCGCGGCCAACGACCUGACGAGAGGCGACGUUCAUCAAUGGGAUGUCUGGCACGGCAACCAAAAGCCGUAUCAGGAGUACAAGCAGCUGGCCGGCCGCUUCGUCUCCGAGUUUGGCAUGCAGGGCUUCCCCGCCCAGAGCACCAUUGACUACUUUGCGCCGCGCACGGGCAAAAAGGGCGAGGGCCGCCACGCGCAGUCGCGCCUCAUCGACUUCCACAACAAGGGCCACGGCGCGCACGCGCGCAUCGCGCGCUACCUGGCCGAGAACGUCCGAAACUUUGCCUACGCAUCGCAGCUCAUGCAGGCCGAGGCGUACCAGUAUGCGCUGCGGGACUGGAAGCGGAUGUUUGGCGGGCGGUCCCCGUCGGGGGUCAGCAAGGCACGCUGUGCCGGCUCCAUCAUCUGGCAGCUCAACGACGACUACCCCUGCACCUCGUGGUCGCUCGUCGACUACUUUCGCACGCCCGGUUCGCGUUUCGUGGACGAGAACAACCCCCUCGCGGCGUCCGCGCCGCCCUCGUUUGCCCUCUUUGCGCACAACACGGCCGCCUCCGCCGCUGAGUUGACGCUCGCACUCCAGGCGUACGACUUUUGGGCAGACGAGUGGUCCCCGCUCCCCACGGCCGACGCCGACCGCAAGGUCGCUCUCCUUCCCGGCCAGAACAACGAACUCGGCACCCUCGCUGCUCCGCCGUCGUGGAACAAGGACAGUCUGAUCAUUCUGGAGCUGUCGCUCAAGGACGCCAAAGGCAAUGUCGUCGCCCGCUAUGUCGACUGGCCCGAGCCGUACCGCUACCUCGAGUGGCCCAACGACACCAAUUUGGACGUCAAGGUGGCGCAUGUCAAGGAUGCCAAGAAUGGCAAGAAUAAAGGCCAAGUCGACGCCCACGUCACUGUCGUCGCCAACCAGCCUCUAAAGGGCGUCUGGAUUGAGCCCGUCUAUGAUGGCAAGGAGGCCCACGGCUCCUUUGAUCCGCGCUGGGAGGACAACAUGUUCGACCUGAUGCCGGGACAGGCAAUCACAGUUGGUGUGUCAGGCUUGAAUGGGAGGGAGGUCAAGGCGCGUUUCCUCGCAGACUGGGAGGUGGGAAAAUAG